AUGGAAGCUGAGGAGAAGUUUUUAGAAGCUAUUUAGUAAAGAAAAAGGAAUGACUUGCACUAAAAAUUUUUUUAAGAAGAUGGUCAACUUUAGUUUAUAACUUGCCCUUUAUUCACUAACUUUACAGGUAAAAAGAAAAUAGUACCAUAUAGAAAUCCUUAAUGUUUGAAACCUGAAUGUGUAUAUGAUGAAUAAGAACUUAUAAACAGAUUUAAACUCUCCGGUUAUAGUACUUUUACGACAUUUAUUUGCCAUACAUGCAGAAAAUCAAUUUAGCUUCUUAAGUUUACUUUCGACUAAGCCCUUGAAGGUAUCCUUUAAGAUGUUUGGAAGCAUUAUAAUAAAGAGACUAAGCUUAUUUGUGAAAAAGUAAAAAUAUUCAGAAAUGGAACAUGGGAACCUAUUUUACCAGGUUAUAUAAAAAAUUUAGAAUAAAAUUUGAGACUAGAACUAGAAGGAGAAGAGGUAAAAGAAAGAAAAAUACCUGGCUAUGAUAUUCCUGAAGAAUUUCUAUUGGAGUAAGAUAACAAUUUUAACAAGAAAUUUGCAGUAAAAAAAAUGGUUGUUUAUAAAAAUCUAAUAAAAUUGACAGAUUUUAAUUAAGGCGAGUAUCAAAGUUUAUUGUACAAAUAUUAAAAUGAAGCAGAGCCUUUGAAAAGUCUUAAAGAUUUAAUGUUUUAGAGAUAUGGGUAAAACAUAUUAAACUCAGAUUUUAUUACUAUAUAGAAUGAAACAUACUUUCCAAAGCAUAUUAUGGCAUUUUUUAUGAAGUACUUGGAAGACUGGGCAAAUAGAAUUUUAGUUAAUGAACUUGAUUAAAAAUCUUACUUACUAAACAAAAAGAAUCCUGCCUUAAAUAAAGCUAGAUUCUUGAGCUUUUUUGUAGUGAAAAUAUUAUCUUAUGAUUCUUUUUAUCGUUUGGCAAAAUACGAAAUAUGGAGUGAUAACAUUAAUUCAAUCAAAUAAAAACUAGGAAAAGAUUAAUAUAUAUCAUAAAUUGAUAAAAUAUUUCUUGUGAUGCAUUAUGAUGAGAGAUGGAUACUCACUAUCUCAGAUCCCAGGACUGAAAAGAUAAAAAUUGUCGACUUUUUAGAUCGUGAAAUGAGUAGAAUUAAAGUAGAUGAAAUUGAUGACAUAUCUAAAUUUAUAAUUGAAAAAGAACUUUUUCCUGUAAAAGUCGAUAUUCCUAUUGAAAGUCCUGAAGUAAAAACUAUAAAUUAUUAUAGUGAUUGUGGUUUUUACAUCUCUAGCUAUUUAUAUAAAGCUAUGAUAACAGAUAGAGUAUUAGGAGAAAUACCAAAUUUCAAUGUCAAGUUUGCUGAAAAAAAUAGAAUGAGAGAUUUAUUGUGUUGGUUAUUCCUAAGGUAUUCUUAUUUAAAUGAUGCAGAUUAAUAAAUAUAGAUGAAAGAUCUCGAACCAUUAUAAGAAUCCCACAUAGAGGAUGAAUUAGAAAUGUAGAAUGAAGAAAUAAAAUAAUAAAAUGAUUAUGAAAAUGAUGUCAUACAAAGGUGGAAUUUAGAUAGGCAAAGCGUUUCUAUGAGUCACUCAAAUUCUUAACUAAUAAAUAAUAUCAGCCUAAAGCCAAGUCCUAGGUAUGGAUUAGAAAAGUAAAAUAGCAAACUGAUGGGUAGUUUUGAAAAUUAAAGAAAUUCUAUAAAUCGACACCCAAGCUUUCAAUCUGAAUCUUCAAUACAUUCAAAUAUGAGGUAAAGCAUUGGAAAGUAAAAUAAAAAUUACGAUUCAAUAUUCAAAUAGUAAGCAUCAAUAAAAUAAUCUCUGAGCGAUCAAAAUCUAUUAUAAAAUUAGUAAUCCCUUCUUCGAAGGCAGAAAUCUAACCUAUCACAGAUUUCUAAUAAUUCUUAGAUAGAUAAAUUACCUUCUCUUAAAAAAGUUGAGAGUGAGAAAGAACCAUUUUUUGUGUCAACUAAGGGAGAGUUGAAGAAUAUCCUCUAAAAUUGGUACUAAAAUGUAUUACAAGAAGCUAUGUGGCUUAAAUAAUAAAAAGAAGAAGAAGAAAACUAAAAAAAGCAGUAUGAAGAACAAAAAUUUAAUCAAAAUUUAGGCUAAUAUGGCAAUUAAAACAUCAACAAAUAGUAUGAUCAGCAAGAUGAGUUUUAGAAGUUAUUAGAAAUUCAUAGAAAGAAUUUCAAUGAAAAUAGGCAAAAUUUUAUAUCAAGCGAACUAGAUAAAUAGUUUUCUAAAGGAAUCGACUAUAGAAUGCUUGACUAGUUAACAGUAGACGAUUUAUCUAAUCUUCUCAUUUAAUUUUAGUAACUUAAAAUGUUGGAAAGUCCAGAACUAUAAGGAUUAAAUGUUAAUGAAUUAUAAAAUUAGUUUAAUAACUUAAAUAUAGAUCCACUAUCACAAAAUCUAGGUCUUGAUUUCUCAAAUCUUAAUCCAUAAGAAAUGAUGGAAUUAGCUUAAUUUAACUAAAUGCUAUAAUAAAAUAUUCUAUAAACAGUGCAAAGAUAAGGAAAUAAAUAAAAUAAAAGUAAAAAAAGAGGAAAAUCAAAGAAUGAAAAAAAUAGAAAAAAAAAGAAAAAAAGUUAGGAAUGA